AUGGCAGAAGAAGGCAAACAAGAGCAGAAGACCAUCCUCAAAAGCCCUGCUCUUCUAAAGAAUAGUUUAGUUUUUGUUGAGAAGAGGAUGGAAGCAAGAAAACAAGAGAAGAUCAUCCUCAAAACCCCAGCUCUUCUAAAGUACAUCCUUGAAACAAGCUGCUAUCCAAAAGAACAUGAGCAAUUGAAGCAACUAAGGGAAGCCACUGUUGAGAAAUACCAGUUCAGGAGCAUUAUGAAUGUGCCUGUUGAUGAAGGGCUGUUGCUCUCCAUGAUUCUGAAGCUCAUGAAUGCAAAGAAGACACUGGAGCUCGGAGUAUUUACUGGCUAUUCUCUUCUUACUACAGCUCUUGCACUGCCUUCUGACGGAAAAAUUACAGCAAUCGAUCUGAAUAAAGAACCCUAUGAGUUCGGAUUGCCGUUCAUUCGGAAGGCUGGGGUGGAGCAUAAGAUUAACUUCUUUCAGUCGGAUGCCUUCUCCGUCCUAAAUGAUCUCAUUACCAAUAUAGAAUUGUAUUUUGAUUUGGAGUUUCAAACAAGCAAGCAGGGGAACGAAGAAGGGAGCUUUGAUUUUGCAUUUGUGGAUGCUAACAAGGACACGUACAUUGAAUAUUAUGAGCUGCUGAUAAAGCUUGUUAAGGUUGGUGGGAUAAUAGCAUUCGAUAACACAUUGUGGUUUGGCUCAGUUGCGGAGCCUGAGGAAAUGGUAGAGGAACAUUUAAGGCCAUCCAGAAAACAUACGAGGGAAUUGAACAGCUUUCUAGCCGCGGAUUCCCGUAUCGAAUUGGCUCACGUUUCCAUCGGCGAUGGCCUCACCCUCUGCAGGCGCCUCUAUUAG